AAAUAGCUUUGAACUUUUGAAAAAAACAAAAAAAAAAAGAAAAGAUCAGGAAUGGCUCUGGCUUCUUCACCUGCUUUCACAGUUAUUACUCUGCCAAAAGCUCUGCAAUCUUCAAAUGAACCUAUCACUUAUUCUCCUUCGCUCUCUAUCUUCUCAUCCAAAUCACUUGUCUCUUCUUCAAAACCCAACAUCUGCAGCAAUCUUUCUUCUUUGGAAAAUGCUUUGUCUCUCAAAUGGAGGACUAGAGCUUCAUUCUUUCCUAGUUUUCUAACCAAAGGGCAAGACGUUCAGAGCCUCAAAGAUGAGCUUUUCGAUGCAAUAGCACCUCUUGACCGUGGCGCUGAGGCUACUCGCGACGAUCAAGAGCGUGUGGAUCAGAUAGCACGAAAACUAGAGGCAGUGAAUGAGAUCAAGGAGCCUCUCAAUUCCAAGUUGUUGAAUGGGAAAUGGGAGCUUUUAUACACAACAUCUAAGUCACUUUUGCAGACAAAGAGGCCAAAAUUCUUAAGACCCAACGGCAAAAUCUUCCAGGCAAUCAAUCUGGAUACUCUUCGAGCUCAAAAUUUGGAAACCUCGCCAUUCUUUAAUCAGGCCACUGCUAAUUUAGUUCCUCUAAAUGCAAGAAGGGUGGCUGUUAAAUUCGACUAUUUCAGAAUUGCUGGUCUGAUACCAAUUAAAUUCCAUGGAAGUGGUCGUGGCCAGUUGGAAAUCACAUACCUGGAUGAAGAGUUACGUUAUGUUUUUCCAUGUGUGUAGGAUGUCACGAGGUGACAGAGGGAACUUGUUCAUACUGAAAAUGGCGGAUCCAUUUUACCGGGUACCUCUCUAGCUGCUACAAAAGGCUAAAAUGGUCGAGACAUGUGGAUGUAAUAGCAUAUACAAAGAGUUCGUUGGCGACAAAGGAAUCCCCUUCUAUUCUCGAAUAAACUGUACCGCCUGAUGCUUGAGUCAAUAAUGUAAGUUGUUCUGCAAUCUGAGUAAUAUUUAAACAGAUUGAACAGGCUAUGAAUGAUUCCGAAUACCAUUACAAACCAUCACUUUCACUGAAAUAUAGAUAUGUAUAAACGUAUGAUUCA